AUGAAUGCUGGUGAUCGGGAGCGUGAUGUUGAUGAGUUUCGUGCUUUGGGGAAGUUCCAGAGGAAUAAUCCACCAACUUUUGAAGGAGCUCAUGAACCUGAAAAAGCUCAAGAGUGGUUGAAGGCGAUUGAGAAAAUAUUUCGAGUUAUAAAUUAUUCAGAUGCGCAGAAGGUGCAGUUUGGCACUCAUAUGCUUGAAAAAGAAGUUGUGGAUUGGUGGCGCAACACUGUUCAGAGAUUUGAUGAGGAUGGAAUUGAAAUGACUUGGGCACUUUUCCGUGAUGCUUUUCCGGAGAAGUAUUUUCCAGAAGAUGUUCGUGGAAAGAAGGAAAUUUAUUUCCUUGAGUUGAAGCAAGGUAAUGGUACCGUAGCUGAGUAUGUUGCAAAGUUUGAGGAGUUGAUCAAAUUUUGUCCCCAUUACAAUAAUGCUAAUGCUAAGAGAUCCAAGUGUCUUAAGUUUGUGAAUGGCUUGAGACCUGAUAUCAAGAAGGCAAUGGGUUACCAACAUAUUAUGGGAUUUUCUGAGUUGGUUAACAAGAGUAGGAUCUAUGAUGAGGAUAGCCGUGAGGUUCUGCUCAUUACAAGUUCUUGCAUGAUAAGAAAGGAAAAGGGAAAUUCCAAGGGAAGUCGUACGAUGUGCAACAAGAUGAAGAAGGAGCAAGCCAAAGGGAAAGUGUUUGCAUUGUCCGGUGCUGAUACUUCUGCUGAGGAGAGAUUGAUUCGAGCUAAGAGAUUGAAUCUUGAAUUAUCUAUUAUGCGUGGAAGCAUGGUUAUUGAUACUCUGGCUAUGGGUUCAGUGACUACUUCAUCUGUUUGUUUGAAAUGUCCGUUGAAUAUUUGUGAUAAAGAUUUUGAAGUUGAUUUAGUGUGUCUUCCAUUGAGUCAACUUGAUGUUAUUUAUGGAAUGGACUGGUUGAGGGCCAACCAUGUCUAUAUCAAUUAUUUUGCGAAAGCUGCUCUUUUUCUUGAGCCAGAGAAGGAGGGUGAUUUAUUCCUGUCUACUCAACAAGUGAAUGAAUUUGUGCAAGAUGGUGCUGAAGUGUUUAUGUUGGUGGCAAGUUUGAAGCUUAGUGAAAAUGGAACAAUGGGUGAAUUUCCAGUUGUUUGUGAUUUUCCUGAAGUGUUUCCUGAUGAAGUUAAUGAUUUUCCGCCUGAACGUAAAGUUGAGUUCACGAUUGAUUUGAUUCCUGGUACUAGUCCGAUAUCGAUGGCUCCGUGUCGGAUGUCACCAUCUGAGUUGAAAGAGUUGAAGAGUCAACUAGAGGAUUUGUUUGAUAAGAGGUUUAUUCGUCCGAAUGAACACCACAUUGCUCCACCAUCACCUCCUGAGACACCACCUAUUUAUGAGUAUUUAGAUGACCCUAUCUCUGUUGAUGAAUCUGACCCUGAAACCCCUCUAAACUACUAUAAUCUGGAUGAACCAGAAACUCCAUCGUAUGCCGAAAAUCUGACCAUAAUCCUUACCCGUUUGGAUGGUUUCCGUACUAACAUUAUUAAUGUGAAAUAUGAACUAAAAAGCAUGCACCUUGAUGUCUUAGGCUUAAUGGAUACCGCCUUCGAACAGUUUGAUCACUUGAACAAGGAUGUAUCCGCUUUGGGAAAGCACCAUGGCUAA